AUGGCGGACAAGUUAAACAUCACCAAGUCAUAUUUGUCUGUCUCAUCCCCUGGAGUUCACCUGGUGCCAAAUGACAACGAGCUCGCACGUAAAAUCGCUCGUGAGUGCAACGCUGUGGCUGCAGAUGCAAAGGCACGAUAUCCUGACCGGUUCGGAUUUUGGGCAUCACUUCCUCUGCCCGACGUUGAGGGCAGUCUUGACGAACUAGCCUAUGCAUGUGAUAAGUUGAAUGCGGAUGGGGUAGCGGUCGAGACCAAUGCUCACGGUUACUAUCUGGGCCAUCAACAAUAUGAGCCUGUCUGGGCCGAGCUCAAUCGCCGACACGCUGUUGUCUUCAUACACCCGACCUCUCCAUGUGUUCUGGAAUACACAGGUUCUGGUCUGGUGGAUUGCCAAAAGGCAGCUCCACUGGCAGAGUUCCCGAAUCCUAUCUUCGAGUUUUUCUUCGAUACAGCCAGAGCCGUGAUCAAUCUGUUUUACACUGGAACUAUCGCUCGCUAUCCCAACAUUACCUACAUAAUUCCUCACGCUGGAGGUGCGCUGCCAUCAUUGAUAGAGCGGUUCUCUCGUUUCGGGCGAGCAAUUCCGAAUCUACCUGUGGACAAAUCUGUUACUCCGGAAUUUGUGAGGGAGCGACUGAGGACAAAAUUCUACUUUGAUAUGGCUGGCACUGCGUGGCCUGAUCAAAUACCAGCCCUUCUGGCUUUCAUCGGCAAAGACCAACUGCUGUAUGGUAGUGAUUACCCAUUCACCCCCGCGGAACAUGUUAGACUCCUUGCCGACACUAUGGAGAGAUGUAUGCCUCAAGUAUUAGAGACUGAGCACGACAGGAAGAUGGCUUACAGUGGAAAUGCCGAACUGCUCUUUCGAAAACAAAGCGAGAUCGCCAAAUUAUCCAGUGCUUCGAGUAUUUCGACCCAAGGCGUUGAAUGA